CAUCACUGCGCGACGGAUAUAAGAUUGUGUGGGUUCUGGCUAAAGCUUAAUUCCCAGCGCUUUGGCUUCUCUGAGUUGGGUUUGUGUACAGGGGUCUUCGAGUAGUUCCGGAACCAGCCAGCUGCAGCGGCCCAGUAAGGGCCUUUAAUUCCUGGGCCGACCACGGCCGGUUCUGUGUUCUUGGCUAAGAUGAGCAGCCACCAUACCACCUUUCCUCUUGACCCUGAGCGGCGAGUCCGGAGUACGCUGAAGAAGGUCUUUGGGUUUGACUCUUUUAAGACGCCUUUACAGGAGAAUGCGACCAUGGCAGUAGUAAAAGGUAACAAGGAUGUCUUUGUGUGCAUGCCCACAGGGGCAGGAAAAUCCCUGUGCUAUCAGCUCCCUGCUCUGUUGGCCAAAGGCAUCACCAUUGUAGUCUCUCCUCUCAUUGCUUUGAUUCAGGACCAAGUGGACCACUUGCUAGCCCUAAAGGUACGAGUAAGUUCCCUGAACUCGAAGCUCUCUGCACAGGAAAGGAAGGACCUGCUUGCUGACCUGGAGCGAGAAGAGCCCCAGACCAAGAUUCUGUACAUCACCCCGGAGAUGGCGGCUUCCUCCUCCUUCCAGCCCAGCCUGAACUCCCUGCUGUCCCGCCACCUGUUGUCUUAUUUGGUGGUGGAUGAGGCUCAUUGUGUUUCCCAAUGGGGGCAUGACUUUCGUCCUGACUACUUGCGUCUGGGUGCCCUGCGCUCCCGCCUGGGACAUGCCCCUUGUGUGGCUCUGACCGCCACAGCCACCCCACAGGUCCAAGAGGACGUGUUUGCUGCCCUGCACCUGAAGAAACCAGUUGCCAUCUUCAAGACUCCCUGCUUCCGGGCCAACCUCUUCUAUGAUGUGCAAUUCAAGGAACUGAUUUCUGAUCCCUAUGGGAACCUGAAGGACUUCUGCCUUAAGGCUCUUGGACAGGAGGCUGAUAAAGGGUUGUCUGGCUGCGGCAUUGUCUACUGCAGGACUAGAGAGGCUUGUGAACAGCUGGCCAUAGAGCUCAGCUGCAGGGGUGUGAACGCCAAGGCUUACCAUGCAGGGCUGAAGGCCUCUGAAAGAACGCUGGUGCAGAACGACUGGAUGGAGGAGAAGGUUCCUGUAAUUGUUGCAACCAUUAGUUUUGGGAUGGGAGUGGAUAAAGCCAAUGUCAGGUUUGUCAUUCAUUGGAAUAUUGCCAAGUCUAUGGCUGGAUACUACCAGGAGUCUGGCCGGGCUGGCAGGGAUGGGAAGCCUUCCUGGUGCCGUCUCUAUUACUCAAGGAAUGACCGGGACCAAGUCAGCUUCCUGAUCAGGAAGGAAGUAGCAAAACUCCAGGAAAAGAGAGGGAACAAAGCAUCUGAUAAAGCCACUAUCCUGGCCUUUGAUGCCCUGGUGACCUUCUGUGAAGAACUGGGGUGCCGCCAUGCUGCCAUUGCCAAGUACUUCGGGGAUGCGCCGCCUGCCUGCGCCAAAGGCUGCGACCACUGCCAGAACCCCAUGGCCGUGCGGAGGCAGCUGGAGGCCUUGGAGCGCAGCAGCAGUUGGAGCAAGACCUGCAUCGGGCCCUCCCAGGGGAAUGGCUUUGACCCCGAGCUGUAUGAGGGAGGCCGCAAGGGCUACGGGGGCUUCAGCAGGUACGACGAAGGUUCUGGAGGCAGCGGGGAUGAAGGCAGAGAUGAGGCCCACAAGCGGGAGUGGAACCUCUUCUAUCAGAAGCAGAUGCAGCUGCGCAAGGGCAAAGACCCCAAGAUAGAAGAAUUUGUACCCCCAGAUGAGAACUGUCCCCUGAAAGAGGCUUGUAGCAGGAGAAUCCCCAGGCUGACUGUGAAGGCACGGGAACACUGCCUGGGGCUUCUGGAGGAGGCGCUGAGCAGUAACCGCCAGUCCACAUGUACCACUGAUGAAGCUGACCUCCGGGCCAAGGCCGUGGAGCUGGAACAUGAGACAUUCCGGAAUGCUAAGGUGGCCAACCUGUACAAGGCCAGCGUGCUGAAGAAGGUGGCUGAUAUCCACAGAGCCUCCAAGGAUGGGCAGCCCUAUGACGUGGGAGGCAGUGCCAACAGCUGCAGUGCCCAGGCUGUGCCCCCUGAGCCCAAUGAGUAUGACAUCCCACCGGCCUCCCAUGUGUACUCGCUCAAACCCAAGCGGGUAGGAGCUGGUUUCCCCAAAGGCUCCCGCCCGUUCCAGACGGCCACGGAACUGAUGGAGACGACUCGGAUCAGGGAGCAAGCCCCCCAGCCCAAGCGGGGAGGCGAGCAUGAGCCCCCGAGCCGGCCCUGUGGCCUCUUGGAUGAGGACAGGAGUGAGCCCCUCCCUGGGCCCAGAGGGGAGGUCCCUGGAGGCAGCGCUCACUGUGGGGGGCCCUCCCCUGAGAAGAAGGCAAAAAGUUCCUCUGGGGGCAGUUCCCUUGCCAAGGGCCGGGCUAGCAAGAAACAGCAGCUCCUAGCCGCAGCGGCCCACAAGGAUUCUCAGAGCAUCGCCCGCUUCUUCUGCCGAAGGGAGGAAAGCCCAGCUCUGCUGGCCUCAGCCCCAGAGGCAGAAGGUGCCUGCCCCUCCUGUGAGGGGGUUCAGGGACCGCUGAUGGCCCCAGAGAAAUACACAGGGGAGGAAGAUGGAGCCGGGGGACGUUCGCCUGCCCCUCCCCAGACUGAAGAGUGCCUCAGGGAGAGGCCAAGCACCUGCCUGCCCAGAGAUCAGGGCACCCCUGAAGUCCAGCCCACCCCUGCAAAGGACACAUGGAAGGGCAAGCGGCCUCCAUCCCAGCAGGAGAACCCAGAGAGCCAGCCUCAGAAGAGACUGCGCCCCUCAGCCAAGCCCUCCGUCUUAGCCGAGGUCAAGGGCAGCGUCUUGGCCAGCGAUCAGGGCACCUUGAAUCCCACAGCUCAAGACCCCUGUCAGCUCUCAGCUCCUGGCAUCUCCUUGAAGGAGGCUGCAAAUGUUGUGGUCAAGUGCCUGACCCCUUUCUACAAGGAGGGCAAGUUUGCUUCCAAGGUAGGGGGAGUGGGCGGGCUCUGCCUUCUCCCAGGCCUGGGGUAUGUGGGUGUCUUGGGGGUGCGAGGCAGGGAGUGUGAGCCCCAGAACACGGUGGGUCAGAGCAGGCUGGGCCAGGGCCAGUCCCGCACCCGUCCUCCCUGGGGCCUGCCUUGCCGUCGGGUCAUGGCUGUGGGUCGCUCUGGGGGUCAGGGCAGGGUCCUGCUCUCUGCUUCUCUUCUGCCUCUCCCUUCCAGGAGGUGUUUAAAGCCUUCGCCCGCCACCUCUCACACUUGCUGACUCAGAAGCCCUCUCCUGGAAGGAGCGUGAAAGAAGAGGCCCAGAACCUCAUCAGGCACUUCUUCCAUGGCCGGGCUCGGUGUGAGAGUGAAGCUGACUGGCACGGCCUGUGUGACCCCCAGAGAUGACCAGCUGGUGGCUGGGCAAGGCCCGCGUCCUCCACCAGAUUCUAGCACGGGCCAGCCCGGGCCUCGCCUGCUUUUCUGAGUCCUCCUCCCUUCCAACCAUACUUGGCUUUGGGGAUGACCCCAGACACCCCCUGAAUCCAGGUCAGAGGUCAGCCCACCUUUCUUUCUGCUUGCAAAGCCUAUAGACCCUUCUCAGAGCCUCCCUGCCUCUCCUGGCCCUCAUGGCUGGGUUUUCUAGGAAAACAUGUCCGGGACAGAAGGUGGAGGGUGGUGGAGCUGCUGCCAGAAGAAGGUGAAGGAAGAGUGGCCCCUCCCCGAGUUUUAAGUCAGGACAAGGCCCACCUGUCCAAGGUAUUGGGACCUAUUCAGGGGAACCUCAGGUCCUCCACCCACUCCCCAUCCAUUAUGAUGCCAGCUUCCAGCCUUGCCCAGGUCAGAGCUGUGGCAGAGGAAAGGCAGCCAGGUCCCGUUUCUGCUCGGCUCCUGCUCAGGAAGGCCAGGCCGGACGAGGUGUUUGGGAGAGGAAUAAAGUCGUGUGGUGGCGCAUGCGCUCGUGCACACA